UUGAACGCGUUAAACGGUUUCAGCGGGCCAGAGGAGGAGAGAGGAGAGACGUUAGUUCAGGCUGUUAGAGGAUUACACGGAAGGUAAAGUGGAAACUUUACAUUUUAGCUCAUUUAUUCUCACGUCAGCAUGCGAUUGAGUUAGCGUUUAAAGUUAACGAAGCAACGAGCAUCGGAUUUCCUUCUCAGAGACGAGGAUAUUAAAGGCCAUCAACAUGAACUCCGUACAAUCAUCCGUGCGAUCCCUCAUGCAAAUGUUUGAUAGCAAAGCACAAGAAUUCGCCAAUGACAUUACUAAUGUCCACAUGGUUUGGCUUGAGGAGAUCCAACAAGAGGCCAAUCGCAUGUUCUCAAGAGAUUUCAAUGCUGAACCAGAAUUAAUGCCAAAAACACCAUCACAGAAAAAGAAUAGUCGCAGGAAGCGUGUAUCCAUGGGGUAUCAGGAAGAAAAUCAAGCCAGACGAAGAUUUUCAAAGGGAAAGCGCAGUAACCUUCGUGGCUCCUCUGUCAAAUCACUGAACUUCAUUGCUGAAGAAGAGACCGCACCCGAGCCUUCCACCUCUGAAGACAACACCACCACGCAGUCUAAACGCACCACCCGCAAAAACAAACAAACAAAGGCUGAGGUGGCAGAGGAUGUGAGCCAGUCACAUGGCAGCUAUGAAACUGAGGAGGUGCAGAACAAGAAGCCGGGGCUGGUAGAGGAGGAAGAGAUGGACAAAAGUAACAAGGCGAACAAUGCCGAAGACGAGCCGGUGUACGUAUGUAGCACCUCAAAUUCUCCACCCACAAUACCCUCGCCCGAGAUUGUUGUCAGCAUCUCUUCAUCAGACCAGUUGUCUGCUGAGUGUGCUCAAAAGCUGCCGCCUUCUCCGGGCCGUACAGCUGCUAAGAUUGCAAUAGCUGGCGCGGGUCAAAGCUCACGGCGGAGCUCUGUACGGUGCUCCCUCAAGCUACGUCACUCGCUGGCUGGUCUGCGGCACAGCAUGACUCAGGAGUCUGUUCGACGCGCCUCACGUCGUUCCAUACUUAAGAGGAAGAUGGCUCGCAUGGGGGACUCCACGUGUAGCAGCAACAUUGAUGAGGAUUCCUGCAUGGACUCUGCAGAGGAAGAGGAUAGAGAGGCCAUAUUGGACGCUGUAAGUGCAGACACAGAAGAUGAUGCUGCAGCUGAAGAAUUGAAGGAAGCGAUCCAGAUUAACCAGAGCGUACAGCUGUCUGUUGGACGCGUUACUCGAUCUGUGGCUGCAAACUCUGCCUCAAUGGGGCCCCCAUCAUUGGUUACCACUGAACAAACAAUUAGCACUUCCAACAAGAGAACAGACACUGAGAAACAACACACUCCCCAGUCGGGUCGCAAGUCACGCCAGAGUGCCAAACGCAAAGUACCAGAUACUGUAGAGGAAAGUCCCACAAAGAGGCAAUCUCCUCCCAAGAAAAGUAAAAGUGCAAUUAGACCUAACAUGAGAACUUUCCUCCACACUGUGCAGAGGAAUCAGAUGCUAAUGAUGACUCCAAAUUCCCUCGGCCGGACUGCUGUUAUGAAGUCCUUCAUUAAACACAACACUCCUCUGAAGGUUGAUCAGAAGUCAAGCAAUGGUAUCGUGACAAAAGAGCGUCACAAACUGGAAGCACUCAAGAAGAAGCAGGAGCAAGAGGAGGAGAGAAUGAAGAAAAUGGAGGAGGAGAAGAAAAAGAAACAGGACGAACUUAAAAGGAAGAGGGAUGAGAGGCUGAGAAGAGUGUUUGAUGCCAAAGUAAAAGAAGAGCAGAGGAAGGAUGAAGAAAAGAAAAAGAAGAUUGAAAUUCAAAAUGAUAAGCGUCUGGCAGAAGAGAAGGCCAAGAAGAAGACGGCCGUUAAACGUCAAGAGGACCUGGAGCAGAAGAGGAAGUUGGAAGAAGAGGCUAAAAGGAAGAAGAUUCAGCAAGCGGAGGAAGAGAAGUGGCAGCAGGAGUUACUGGCCAAGAAGAAGGCCGAUGAGGAGGAACAGCGAGCUCGUAAGCUGGCUGAAGCUCGCCGAGCGCUGGAGCAGAAGAGAGAGCAGGAGAGGGAGCGAGAGAGAGAGCUGGAGAGAGAGCGACUAGCUGCUGCUGCUGAAUGGGAGCGAGUGGAAAGAGAAAAAGCUCUGGCUCUGCAACGGGAAGUUGAGAAAGCAGCAAGAGAGAAAGAGAGGAGAGAAGUGGAGGAGAAAAGAAAGGAGCUUGAGAGAAAAAUGGAGGAGCAGAAGAAAUUAGCUGCAGAAGAGAGAGCUGCGAAAGAGAGAGAAGCUGCUGCUAAAAAGGCCGCUGAUGCUCAGAAGGCCGCUGCUUGCAUGAAUGUGACCGUGGAUAUCGAGCGCUCUGUAAUGGGCACACCUGUAGGAAAAGUUGGAGGCCUCAAUGUGACGGUGGAUAUUGAGAAAUCGCCACAAUCCUACUCCAUCACUCCAAACGGCAACAAACCUCUGUCCAAAAGUGCAGAAGAUUACGGGAUGGACCAGAACAGUGACGACUCCACUGAUGAUGAGUCUGCUCCAAGGAAACCUAUUCCAUCAUGGGCAGAAGGUCACAAUCUGCAGCAGAUAAUUAUGAAGCAGUACUUCAACCCUCCUGAUUUAGACUCUUUCUUCGGAACAAUUGAACCACCAAAACUGGAAAACAUCUUUUACAAGAGCAAGCCUCGCUAUUUUAAACGCACCAGCUCCGCCGUGUGGCACUCGCCUCCGGUCGGAAACAAGUAACAUCUGUACAGUGAUACAGAUACACAUUGCUGUAUAAAGUUUAAUCUUUGUUUUAAAGUCUGUUUCCAAUAAAGUCACUUGUUUUUUUCUCUGUUUAAGGUUUUAGUUAUCAACAUUUUAGGACAUAUUCUUACUAGUUAUGUAAAUAUAUCAUGGAUCUAAGUGAUACAUUAAUGAAAAUGAUGCGUCACGCUUGGACUUGAAAAUGGGUGUUUAUAACCUAGCUGGGAUGAGAACAUUUGAAAGUUUUUGCCAAGUGAUCAGUAAAAACUUUCAUUUGUAUAAUGUGUGUACCGACUGUAAAUUAUAGCAGAAUUCUUAUGUUUGGGAUUUAUUCAGGUGUAUUAAAAUGGUUCAAAGUAAAAAAAA